CCUCCAGAGAUGUGAGGAGAGUUUCGCACUUGAUAUUGUUUGGUCCAAAACAAAAACAAGAAGCGCGCGGGAAACGACGCCGAGGAUCGCGUCUGGAUUAUAUUUCACCGAGCUGAACUCAUCCGGUCCACAAAUGAGAAAAAGAUGAACCCGAUGAGGCCCAGUCAGCUGAUGACCGCACCACCCUCCUCUCGUUGCUCUCCAUCUCGGGGCCAUUGAGGCUGAGGAGGUUCCCCUUCGGCCCGCCUCGUUUCGUCACCAUUUCCUCUCCGACUCAGUCCCCCAGAAGCGUUUCAAAGCUGUUUCUCCAACGCUUUUUCCAGAAACUCAGACUGUUUUCCAAAGCAGAAGCAGCACAGCCCUCCCAGACUGAGGUGAUGGGAAGCGUGCGAGCCAGCCACUACAGCAUUGUGUCAUCAGAGGAGGACGGCAUGAAGCUCGCCACAAUGGCGGUGCCCAGCGGCUACGGGAACGGCAAGAGCAAGGUGCACACGAGGCACCAGCCGCAGAGCCGGUUCGUAAAGAAAGACGGCCACUGCAACGUGCAGUUCAUCAACGUGAGCGAGAAGGGCCAGCGGUACUUGGCCGACAUCUUCACCACCUGCGUGGACAUCCGCUGGCGGUGGAUGUUCAUCAUCUUCUGCCUCGCCUUCCUCCUGUCGUGGCUGUUCUUCGGCUGCAUCUUCUGGCUGGUGGCCAUCUUCUACGGGGACUUGAAGAACAACCCCCAGAAGUGCGUCUCCAACGUGAGCAGCUUCACCUCCGCCUUCCUGUUCUCCAUCGAAACUCAAACCACCAUCGGCUACGGCUACAGAUAUGUGACGGACGAGUGCCCGGUCGCUGUCUUCAUGGUGGUUUUCCAAAGCAUAGUGGGCUGCAUCAUUGACGCCUUCAUCAUUGGCGCCGUCAUGGCAAAGAUGGCGAAACCCAAGAAGAGGAACGAGACUUUGGUUUUUAGCCACAACGCCACGGUGGCCAUGAGGGACAACAAGCUCUGCCUGAUGUGGCGUGUGGGCAACUUAAGGAAGAGCCACUUGGUCGAGGCGCAUGUGCGGGCGCAGCUUCUGAAAUCCCGGACGACGGCGGAGGGGGAGUACAUCCCUCUGGACCAGAUGGACAUCGAUGUGGGUUUCGACAGCGGAGUCGACCGCAUCUUCCUGGUCUCCCCCAUCACCAUCGUCCACGAGAUCGACGAGGACAGCCCCUUCUACGACAUGAGCAAACAGGACCUGGAGACCACCGAGUUUGAAAUCGUGGUCAUCCUAGAGGGCAUGGUCGAGGCGACCGCCAUGACCACGCAGUGCCGCAGCUCCUACGUCGCCGGUGAGAUCCUCUGGGGCCAUCGGUUCGACCCGGUGCUCUUCGAGGAGAAGAACUACUACAAGGUGGACUACUCCCGCUUCCAUAAGACAUACGAGGUGCCGAGCACCCCGCUGUGCAGCGCCAGAGAUCUCGCGGAGAAAAAAUACAUUCUAACGAACUCCAACUCCUUCUGCUACGAGAACGAGAUGGCGCUGGAGAACAAGGAGGACACGGACGAAGGCAACGGGGGCAGCGUUGGGCCCGACGGCACCCAGACGGACAACAUCUCGGAGACCGAACACAUUCAGGCCACGGUGCCGCUAGAGCCACGGCCUCUGAGACGAGAGUCCGAAAUAUGAAUGUUCAGAGCUCAGACCUCCCGCGGGGGAUUUUUAUAAAAAUCACCUCUCUGCUCCGGGUGGCACAAUGAGCCGAGCCUUAUGGGUAGAGGACAAGCCGAACGGUACUGCUGUGUGUGUGGGUGGGUGUGGGGGGGGGGGCAAAGGUUUAGGGCUUUGUAUGCAAGAGUCUGUUUGAUUGCGUACAGAACGACAAAACACAGCACUAUGAACCACGUGCAUAGUGCAGGAAGAAUUCUCCACAAAGGGUCUGGUGACCGCAACAUGACGGAGAGGAAAGGAGCUUGUUGAGGACUUUGAAAAAUUGCAGGCAUGUCUCAGUUUGUCUGUCCGGCAUGAACAAGACGCUUUCACAAAAAGGUGUUUUUUUAUUUUUAUAGUUAGAAUAUGUCCUCAAGUGCUGCUAGAAAAAAACAAGUUCAACUUUGUGCCUUCUCGUAGAACCAAAGAGAACACAAAAUGGUCGAUGUCUGGAACAAAGAAGGUACACGUAGAGUAUUUGUUCACGAGCUGGUCUCACAGAAGUCUGAAUAAACUGCACCAAAACAUUUCUGUAAGUUUUCUGAUCUCCUGCUUUGUUAUUGAUCUGAGGGACUGUUCAUUGCUGGUCAGACCGAUAGAAACAUGCCUGCUCAUGUCGAGUAUUAACGGCAUCAAACUGACAGAAGAAUCAUUAAUUUAAACGGAGACCGGGGUAAUAAGAGAAUCUGAAUGUUCUUAAAAGUGCUGCUAUGAUGUUGCUUCUUUUUGUUUUUUACGAUUGAUAGAAAAAUACCAAAGAGUAUUAUUAUCAUAGUUAUGUGUUUCUUAAAAACAACACCUGCUUAGAUUUGGUACAGAGAAGUAGAACGUUUAGGUUUGUUUUUCAAGAAUGUGUGUACAGUUUUUGUUUUUUUUGUUUUUUUAAUACGUCUUUAUCUCGAGCCACUUCAUCAAGCCUUAAUCUGGAAGAGAGGGGAAGUGAAGAUGUACAAAUCAGCCCAAGUGGCAAAGGCUUUACUGCAGAGGACGGUAAACAGGAAGCACUGGUUCUGUUGGGUUUGCUGAACUAAAACAAAGACUCACCGACGUUUUGGAGGAUCUUUAGUCGUCAACUUAAACCACAAAGUUGAUUUUUAAACUUACUUUUCAUGUGUUUUGAUUGGAGAUUGUAAGAAAUAUUUUCAAAGCCACGUUCCCUCUUCAGCCUUCAGACACGUUGAGUUCCCUGUUGAACUGCCUUUGUUUUACUUGAGGAAGGAAGCUUUAGAAAGCCAAAUGUACUGUAACCGGUGUUUGAAGGCGACCGCACAAGAGUUUGCAUCAAUACAAAUUAAUAUCCUUUAUUUUGUGUAUGACUGAAGGCCGUGCAUGUGUAAAUACCUCCCUCCCUGUCGCAGUUCUUUUGUAUCAGUCUUCCAAAUGUACUGCAAAAACCAUGGAAUGUACAGAUUUUUGUAUUAAUAUUAAAAUAAAUUUUCAAUAAA